AUGCUCAAGUCUUCAAUUGCGUUGCUCCUUGGAGCUUCUGUUGGUGUUCAUGCGUGCUCAACCCCCGUUGCCAACGCCGCUACGGUUGAGUUUGUCUCUGGGUUUGAAGGUUGGAGAGACUACGUCUAUCGCGAUCCUGGUAAUGGCUUCCAAACUCUUGGUUACGGCCAUCUUUGCAAGAAGCCUAACUGCGCUGAGGUUCCCUACAAGUUCCCUCCUCUGUCAAAGGCCGAUGGUCUUAAACUUCUUAGCAGCGACAUGGCCAUCGCUGAGAACUGUGUUACGAAGGAUAUAAAGGACAAGAUUGUUCUCAACGCCAACCAGUAUGGCGCUCUAGUUUCUUGGGCUUUCAACGUCGGCUGUGGCAAUGUCGCCUCAUCUAGCCUCAUCAGACGUCUCAAUGCUGGUGAGAACCCUAAUGUUGUUGCCGCUAGCGAGCUACCCAAGUGGAACAAGGAUGCCAAGGGGCAUGUUCUCCCUGGCCUUACCCGCCGCCGAGCCGCUGAAGUUAAGCUGUUUCAGACUCCAACCAGCGAGCAUGCUUUGCCUGCUUGCCAAAACCCUGGACCACCAAAGAGUACUUCAAAGCCUGCACCCCCCGCUACUCACAGCAAGACUCAGGACAAGCCAACAUCCACCGAGACAAAGACCAAACCCAGCCACAGUGAGACGAAGGGCACCCAUACCGAGACAACAAUCAAGCCAACGAGCCCCCAACCUUCUUCCACUACCCUUCCUACGGCUGCAAACUCCACACUCCCAUCCAACUGGAACACAAGUGCCAUACCUACGUCAGUGCCCAUGACAACCUCAAUUGUGUGGACCACCUCCAUCCACAUGGUUAUCUCAUGCGCACCAACUGUUACGAACUGCCCAGCUCACAGUACUGUGCUUGUUACCGAGACAGUCCCCGCGUACACUACUGUCUGCCCUGUGACUGAGACUGAGAAGGUCCAAUCUGGCCAACUGCCUGUUGCUACUAGCCUUGUCCCUACUACUACUUCUGUCACUGUUGUUGUUCCGCCUGCUCAAAGUGCCAACACAACACUGCCAACGGCCCCAGUGGCCGCUGGCGCCUCUACACUCAGCCUUCGUACAGCCGUUGUUGCUGCUGCUCUGGCUGCGGUCCUUAUGUAAGGGGUUGUACAGAGCUGGCAGGGAGAGGGUGACUGGAAAAGGUAUUAGUUUUCGUUAA